AUGGCCACCACACUCUGGGACCCAGACCGCAUCCUCCAAAUCACCAAAGGCCCUCACGAUCAAGGCAUGUUCUGUCUUGGUCGCGCGCGCUCCAGAUACGAUAGUCGCUGUCGCUGGGACAUCCCCUAUUCAGACUACCAGAGUAUCCGGGAAACAUUAAGCCAGCUGGCUAGGAAACUGCCACACGAGAUAUCAGACGACGAGCUGAAAGAAAUAGCUGAGCGGGGAUUAUGUGAUUAUCAUUGUGGCCAGGUGCACGAGGUUGUGUCCAUAUGGCAUGAUACCCUUGCCAGUCUUCAGAAUUUGUACUCGCCGUAUAAAGACCCGGGGGAGACGCGCAAUACAGUAUUUGACGCACUUCAGACCACGGUCAAGAGAUCUGGCGAUUUGCUCCCACCAGAGGAAGAUAGCUCGGCGGAGGACCUCGCGGAAUAUUUUGGGGGCCAUGUGCACGAGCACUCGGAAUUGGUAGAGGCGAGGAAGCAGCGGGAUUUACAGACUACGCGUGAGAAGGAUUUGGAGAUUUGUUUGGCUCUGCUGAAAGAACGUUUGGCUCUGUGCGAAGAGAAUGAUCGUCUGAGGGAACAAAACUGUGCACAUCUUCAAGAACUGCUGGGAGAAGUCAAGGCCGAAUUGUCCGAUGUGCAGGGCAAUAACAGCAUACUCACAUGUACCAUUAGUGAUCUGCAGGGUGCGUGCGAUCUCAAGAUGAGACAGAUAACUGAGAUCACGGCUGAAUUGUCAAAUGUGCGAGACAACAAUAGCAGUUUAAAAGAUGCCUAUGAAGAGAUGCGCAAAGAGGCCGAUGACAAGCAGAAACAGCUGAACGAUAUCACAGCCGAAUUGUCAAAUGUGCGAGGCAACAAUAACAGUCUCAAAGAUUCCAAUGAAGAGAUGCGCAAAGAGAUAAAUGGCAAGCAGGAACAGAUCGAAACUAUCACCUCUCAACUUGCCAGCGUGUCGACAGACUUAGACAGUACUACGAAAGAAUUAUCAGUCGCUUGUGAAACGAAAGAGAAAGUCCAGAAUGAUCUUCACGCCGCACUCGAGGAAAUCAGCAAUCUCCAAGCCCAGCUUACUGAGAUUCAAGUACAGCAAUCCACUACAAUCUGGUGCAAGAUCAAGCGUUGGGUUCAAGAGAAAGCUUCAUGUUUAUCUCGUGAUAGACGGAGACGUGGAAUACGGGAUGAAGACGAAGAGGUUGCACUUGCUCCUGUUAAACCGAGUAAUCUUGGUUGA